GAGCGCCCAAAUACCACGACACCUUGCGACUACUACGCCGAGAAGACGGUCGGGGCUAACACAGCCGACAAUCAAAGGAUCUUGAUGGCACUUGUCCUUCACUCGGCAUUGCUAGGCCCCUUCUCCAAUUACAGCACUGUUCCCGUUGAUGGUUUCACAGGUGCCCUGACUGCAACGACGUUUCGAGACCAAGCCGUAGACUUGAUCGUUUACUUCAAUGGGGCCACCAAGUCAGCGAACACUGGCAAGAAGACUGGCGAAGCAAUCAACUUCUUUGACGCUGGAGGACUCGGUGCUACGCGCGAUCUGAAACCGAGUAAUGGUGACACAAACUCCGCACAGCACAUCUUCUUCACCCAUGUGUACUCUUAUUUCGGAACCUUUCUCGGAUGUUCUCACAUCGGGUCAUCCAAGUUACCCGCUUACGCUGGAAAGGCAUCCAUGUAUGAGGUUCACAAGUUCAUGGACUUGAAUGCAGCCGAGAUGGGCUUCUUCGUCGACCAAGCUGUCCGCGGAUUGUUGUCCAUUGGCUUCACCGAUUCCGAUGCACAAUUCGUCAACAACACAUUAGACACUGUCUUCAAUCAUCGCUGUGCGCCACCCGCGGCCGUCAUCCCACCAACUGCUGGACCGCAGCUCCAGGCCAUUUGCAUCGCUCCGGAUUGCUCUCUUUCUGCGAACGAUACCUGUUCUGCAUACGAUGCAGCCGUGCCGCCAUUAGUUGCAAAUUCAAGC